AUGACAGCUUUGCUUAAACUACGUCAGAACCAGAUGACUGUGGAUCAGUAUGAGGCAAAAUUUGCUAGGCUGUCUAAGUUUGCACCAAGGAUAGUAGAUCAUCCUGAGGACAAGGCGCGAAGGUUUCGGGAUGGACUGAGAGCCGACAUUCGCAGUCAGUUGAUACCGGUGAAUUUGAGAACUUAUGACGAAUUAUAUGAGAGGGCUCAGGCUAUCGAGCAGGAUAUAACAGAUAGGGCCGCCGUAUCUGGAUCACGAUUUGCCCCGGCUAAGGAAAACCGCCGCUUCGGGAAGAAGCCGAUGGCGGGAAACAGGCAUUUUGUCCUUCCCGUAAAGAAGAACAUCGGGAAGCCGAACCACCCACAGAACAGGUUUGGGGCAUGUUUCAAGUGCGGGAGCAUAGACCACCAGAUAAGACAUUGCCCUCAACAACAUCCAGUAGGACCGCCCAUCCAACCACAGCAGCCCCGAGCCGGAAAUCAGGCAGGAAAUCCCCUGCCGGCUAUUCAGGGUAGACCGCCAGCGUAA